CGUGCAGCAUAAUUUAUGGUUCUAAUGUGUCCGCGUGCGUACACGUUCCGGUUCUGACAGCGCGCGGACGCGCUCCGGUCAGUCUAACCUCGCGGGACGCCUGCAUGUAAACAGUAGAGGCAUUUACGUAUCCUCUGGAUUAGUGCGGCCUGCAGCUUUCUUUUUACAGUGUGUCAACUUUGUAUUCGUGAAACUGACCAGAUGUCAGCGGACUGAGCUUUGCAGACCUCGACAGCCGGCCUGAUACCAGCUAGUGUCCCAAAAACUUGGAAGAAGGGGAAGAGGAGGUGGUCUAGGCCAGAGACUCAAGAAUCUCAGAUGGAAGGGAACCUAUCAGAGGGAGAUGGACAGAUGGCAGCAGUAAAAGACAAGGAGGAUAUGGAGAUUACAGUAACAACUCAACUAGAAAAUCUUCUUGUGACCCCUGACAAUGCUGAGACGGCAUCAAACACACAAACACUCUCAGAAGAAAAAAGUGUAGAUGCACAAACGCACUCAAUAGCAGCAACGGUGUCUGUAGAUGGUGUGUGUAAGAGCACGGACUGCAGCGACGAGGAUUCAGAGGACUCAGACAGUGACAGCUCUUCCUCUUCCUCAUCAUCUUCUUCAUCCCUGUCUUCUCCCUCUGCACCUGUGCUUGAGGAAGAUGAUGAUGACGAAGGUUUCAGCCAACCAGCACCCAUCAAAACACAAGAUGAGGUUCUGUUGGAGGAACUUCCAGCAGUGGAGGAAGUGUGUGUGACAUUACCAGAAGAAGCAGAACUACAGCCACUGGGAUCUGUGUCUAAUCUUAUACAGCAGCUUGUUAUUAUCCAGUCUCUGAAAGACACGCCCCCUCUUAAUGAAGGCAGCAUCAUCUUUAAAUCUGACAGGGAGGCUGCGGGCAAGGUAUUUGAGGUAUUUGGCCCCGUGUCCAGCCCACUGUAUAUUUUACGUUUUAACUCUGUGGACCAGAUUUCCAGCAAAGGGCUGAAAGAGGGAACUACCCUUUAUUAUGCACCAGCCAUCAAGGAGUACACGGGAUACAUCCUCACACAGCAACUAAGACUGUUAAAGGGAUCAGAUGCGUCCUGGAAAAACGACCAAGAACCACCAGAGGAGGCUCUAGACUAUAGUGAUGAUGAGAAAGAGCAGGAAGCAAAGAGGAAACUGAAGAAUGCCAAAAAGAAGAGGGACACUAGCAACACAGACAAUUCUAGCCAGAAAGCACAUCAACAGAAGUAUGAUGUGAGGGGUUUCCCACCAAGACACGAAAGGCCUUCUUUCCAGCAUCAGCACUCAAGACAAUUCAGACACACACAGCCACCACCGGGACACACAAAUAUCCCGCCUGUGUUUCUCCCUCCUCCCUGUCCGUACCCUCCACCUCCUCCCCAAUUUCCUCCCUCUAACUUCCAUUUCUACCCCCCUCCUCCACCAUCUUUCUUCAAUCCCUCUUUCUCCUCUCCUUUCUGGCCACCAAACACUCCCGCCUUCUCUGACUUCCCCUCUCCCCCUCCACCUCCUCCUCCUCCACCUCCACCUCAGUGACAAAUUGUACACACACACACACACACACACACACUUCUACAGAAUAUGACACAUGGACACAUCUUCAUGUAAUGUACCUGUCAGUGUUUUCCUGCGCUGCACAAAUUGUCACAUGAUAAAAUAAAACAUUUAGUUAUUGC